AGACGAUCCACUCUUCUUCUAUCACCAGAGGGUUCUAAACUUCUUAUUCUAUACACAUCUAUCUGAAUAAAAGUUCAUUGCCGACAGGCGUGCCACCAUGCCUGACCACAAAAAGAAAGGCAAGAAGGCCGGCGCCGCCAAAAAUGACCCCGGCUCGGUGAUCACCGACCCCAGAUUCGCCAACAUCCAAACCGACCCUCGCUACCGUCUUCCCAGCAAACGCCAAACCCAUGUUAAGCUCGACAAGCGUUUUGCGCACAUGUUGCGCGACAAGGAUUUCUCCCGCAACGCCGCAGUCGAUAGGUACGGCCGGAAGCUCGCCAGCGACGACACCAAGAAACAGCUCGAGCGAUUCUACCAGCUGGACGAGGAUGCGCAGGAGGGAGAGGAAGAUGAAGAGGAAGGCGAGGACGAGGAAGACGAUGGUCUUGAAGACGCCAGCGUUGCAGAUGACGAGGAGGUGCUUAGAGAGCUGAGAAAGGCAGAGUCGUACGAUCCGGCAAGAGAUGGAGGAUUCGAUGAGUCUUCGUCCUCGGAGGAGGAGAGCUCCGACGAGGAAGAUGAGGACGAAGAGGAGUUCGAAGGGUUUGGCGAGGAGCUGGAAUAUCCUGAUAAGCAGCGGGCGGAUGUGCCUACUGGCGAUGUUACGGAUCGCAUUGCGGUGGUGAACUUGGAUUGGGAUAACAUCCGCGCGGAGGAUCUGAUGGCUGUCUUCUCCAGUUUUGCGCCGACUGGUGGGAGGGUGUUGAAGGUCGCUGUUUAUCCCAGUGAGUUUGGCAAGGAGAGGAUGGAGAGGGAGGAGACGGAGGGGCCGCCUAGGGAGAUCUUUGCAUCGAAGAAGGGUGGUGACUCUGAGGAUGAGGAUGAAAUCGAUUCUGAUGAGGAGGAAGAGAAGAUCAAGCAAUCUAUGCUGAAGGAGGAUAAGGGCGAGGAGUUCAACUCGACACAGCUUCGGAAGUAUCAGUUGGAGCGCCUACGUUACUUCUAUGCUAUCUUGACUUUCUCGUCUAGGGACGUUGCAAAGCACGUUUACGAUUCCGUCGAUGGUGCUGAGUACUUGUCUAGCGCCAACUUCUUCGACCUCCGCUUUGUGCCUGAGGACACUGACUUUUCUGACGAUACGCCCCGCGACGAGUGCACACGCAUCCCCGAUGGGUACCAGCCGAACGAGUUCGUUACCGAUGCGCUGCAGCACAGUAAGGUCAAGCUGACCUGGGAUAUGGAGGAUAAGUCGCGCAAGGAAGCUCAGGCUCGGGCCUUCCGGGGUAGUCGCAAGGAUAUCGACGAGAACGACCUGAAGGCUUAUCUGGCUAGUGAUAGCUCCGAUGAUGAGGAGGAUGAGGGUGGUGUGGAGAUUGUUGAUACUACGCGCGGGGAUGGGGAGACAAAGAAGGUGUCUAAGAAGGAGGAAGAGAAGCAACGUCUCCGGGCUCUACUUGGUCUUGGUGCGGAGCCUACGCCUUCGUCCAAGUCCGAUGGUCCUGUUGGUGAGAUGGAGGUUACCUUCACUUCCGGUCUGGCUGGUGGUCCUAAGGGCGACAGCAUCUUCGAGAACGAGCCUGAGAAAGAUGAGACUACGAUUGAAAAGUACAUUCGCAAGGAGCGUGAGAGAAAGAAGCGCAGAAAGGAGAAGCUCAAGGCCACCAAGCGUGGUGAGGAUGGCGAGCAGGAGGACGAUGCCGCUGAUGCCUCGGAUACUAAGGAACAGCCCCAGGAGGACGACCUGGGCUUUGACGAUCCCUUCUUUGACGACCCUAGUGGCAAGGCUACUGCUGCUGCUCGUCGUAAGGAAGAGAAGCGCAAGAAGCGGGAGGAGCGUGCAGCGGAGGAAGCUGCGGCCGCAGCCAAGCGGGCGGAGCUGGAGCUGCUCAUGAUUGACGACAACAACAAGCCUGGCAUCAAGCACUUCGAUAUGAACGAGAUUGAAAAGGCGGAGAAACAAGCUCGCAAGAAGAACAAGAAGGGCAAGAGUAAGGGCAAGCAAGUUGAAGCUCCCAAGGACGACUUCGAGAUGGAAGUCACCGAUCCUCGUUUCGCUCGACUCUACGAGAGCCACGAGUUCGCCAUCGAUCCUACCAACCCCCGAUUCAAGGCGACUUCGGGUAUGAAGGCUCUGUUGGAGGAGGGUCGGAAGCGACGCAGGGAUCGGGAUGAACAUGCAGACGAGGAGGAUGCUCCUCGUGAACAAAAGAAGAAGCAGAAGAAGAGUGCGUCCAAGGAGGGCGGAUCGGAUGAUCUGAAGAAGCUGGUCGAAAAGGUGAAGCAAAAAACCAAGCGUAACUGAUUGGCUUGUACUAUAUUUAGUUGACUACCUACUACCCCUACUACUACUCAGCUAUCAUGAAAGCGUCAUCACUGGGAUGACGAUGCAGAUACCAUUGGCUAAAAGGUUCUUGUGUUUAAUUUGAGAG